AUGGCGGAGCAGGUGCCGGAGGAGAUGCCGGCAGCCCAGCGCACAGGAGGCCACCACCCCGCGCGGGAAGGAGAGGUGUUCAACACGCGAUACCAGGCUCUGUGCAAGCUGGGCUGCGGCACCUUUGCCACCGUCUGGCUGUGCCAGGACAUGAGGAGGAAGAAACAUGUAGCUGUGAAGGUCCUGAAAAGCAGGGAAGGCUUUGCUGAGGCUGCCCAGGACGAGGUCACUCUCCUCCGCUGCGUGAGCAGUAUGAAGAAGAAGGACCGGGCAGGAGAAAACAUUGUCUGUCUGUUAGACGACUUCAGGAUGAUUGGAGAGAAUGGCUUCCAUGCGUGCUUGGUAUUUGAGGCACUGGGUCCUUCCCUGCGAUGUCUGAUGGGUAACUACGCAGGCCAGGGACUGCCUUUGCCUUUUGUGAAAAAAUCUUUACAGCAGGUGCUGGCAGGGCUGCACUUCCUGCACAAGCGCUGCCGCAUCAUCCACGCAGACAUCAAACCGGAGAACGUCUUGCUGUGCGGACAUGACAAAAGCCUCCAAAGGCUUCUGCCCCAUACGCUCGACUGCGGCCAGAGAACAGAUUUGAGGCUAAAGGGACCAGGUGGUGACCUUGGCAAUCAAUUGGAAGAAUCUGAUUUAAUGAGCAUAGAAGUGAAAAUUGCAGAUCUGGGCAGUGCGUGCUGGACAUACAAGCUUUUUUCCAAGGAGAUACAGACCCAGCCAUACCGUGCGCUGGAAGUGCUUCUUGGAUUGGACUAUGGCACUCCUGCGGAUAUCUGGAGCACGGGCUGCCUGGCAUUUGAAAUGGCAACUGGGGAGCGUCUAUUUGAUCCUCAACCUGGGAAAUAUUUCUCCAGAGACGAUGAUCACGUUGCUCGUAUUAUUGAACUCCUGGGCAGAAUUCCUCCUCAAAUUGCUUUCUCCUGGAAUAAGUCAACAAAAUUUUUCAGCAGGCCAGGCGCUCUGCUGCGGAUCUCCAGGCUUUCCCCCCGCAGUCUCCACAGCAUCCUGGCGGACAGACACAGCUGGACAAAACACGAGGCUACUCCCUUCACCAGCUUCCUCCUGCCCGCGCUGCGGUACGCACCCGAGCGCCGCGCCACAGCCGCCCAGUGCCUGCAGCACGCAUGGCUGAGCGCCCCGUGA